GAAAGAGGUAAUUAAGCUAAAGUUUGACAGAGAGCAACAUUGGCAUCACACAGAAAGAGGUAAUUGAGCUAAAGUUUGACAGAGAGCAACAUUGGCAUCAUGUCAACGUAUAGAUAUUGGAGGAUUAGGACUGAAACUUUCUGCACUGUCUUCAACUUCAUAUAAUUUCUAUAAUAUGCAGACACUCUAAUUUACUCUAAUUUUGUUUAUGAUCUUACAUGUAAUUAUAAAGAUCUAAAAUUUGCUGCCAAAUCUUGUCCAACCAGAAUGUAAAAUAUUAUAUAAGUCUUUUUAUAACUUUUACUUUUCAAGCAAUACACAUACGUAUGAUGUUUCCGUAAGUCUGAAGAAUUAUACAGGAAAACUAACGGAAAGUGCACACAGACAAAGGAAAAAUUAUCUACUGCCAAUCAAAAUGACAACUUUAAAAUCCUCCACCUAAACAUCAGCUUAUAAAUAGAGUUUUAUCGUGUGAAGAUUUUGUAAUUAAUUAAUUUGUGUCGUAAUAAAUUAAUAUUUACGAGAGAAUACUAUGAAAUAAAUAACAAAUGUCAAUAUCAAUUAGGACAGGAGAUCUAUAUUGCUAAUCAACUUGUUUUGCUGAGGGAAGAAUAAAUUAUGGAAUAUUAACCAAAAAUGUUUUGUGUCUGGGACAACAAGCCUAUCAAAAAUUGUGAAGUUUCCGCAUUAAAAAAAAAUUCUGGAUGCCACAUUUUACUCAAGAACUUGAUUGCCCAUAAAAUAUGAAUAUAUAUUGAAAAUGUUGAUUGCAGUGAAAUGAUAUUUCAUUAUUGCAAACGCAUUGGUGAACAGUGGUUGUGUCGUUGUGAUUGGAAUAAAUAAAAGAUAUUGGAAUGAUUUGGAAUACAAAUAAAAAAAACUUCAAAGAAACUUGAGAAGAACUGUCAUAAAUCGUAGUUAAGUGAAGUCAACAACUAUCUCACUAAUUAAUAUGUAGUAUUUCGGAUGAAGCAUUUAAUGAAGAAGGAAUUCACAAAGUGGAUUUCUAGAGAGAGACAUAUACUAUAAACCAGAAAAUAAAAAGAGGAGUUAAAAGGAACUAAAUCGUUGUCUAGUUAUGAUAACAUAUCUGUAAAAAAAUAAAACAUCAACUUGGGCCAGAGGAAUCAAUUAACUUUUAAGCAAUUGAAAUCCACAAUACCAUAGACAUGGAAUUCAAUAUCUCAUUUUUGGAAAAGAUUCUUGAAAGGGAAAAAUUAACAGGAUUUGAAGAAUUUUUGUCAUCAAUGAAUUUUACUUUUGAAACCAACCAAACAACAGAAUCGUCUUCUACCGAACCAGAAACUAUUAUCACUAUAACUCUAAGUAUGGUGGCUCUGAUUCUUAAUUUCUUUGCUGUGUGUGGAACAUAUAAUAUACCAAAUGGAUUAACGACUCAUUCUAAACUAAUUAUAAGUCUAGCCAUCUCAGAUAUUCUCAUUGUUAUCAGUGUUUUAGCUCACCAAAUUUCGAAUAUUGUCCAUGAACCUCUGAAUCCAUUAACAGCUACUGCCAAUGAAAGAAUCUCAAUUGCCUGUUCAUUUGCGGUUAUCAGUUCUCUGAACAUAAUGGCCCAUCUGAUAUCACUGUUGAACCUGCUGAUGAUGGCUGUAGAUCAUUACUUGGCCAUUAUAAGACCAUACCAGUAUGCUUUUCUCCUUAAUAAGCGUAAUGGCGUUAUUAUCAUCAUUUCAAUGUGGAGUGUGGCAUUUAUUGGUGCCUUUGUUAACUUUUUCACUGGGAUAGGAAGUUUUGAAGAGGGUAAAUUGAACUACUGUGAAUACAUAAUGUACAAUGAUUUCCAUGGAGAUUAUCUGGUUAUAGCUUUUACUUUUGUCUGUCUUCUUAGUAUUGUUUUCAUGUACCUAAGGAUAUAUUGUGAAGUUCGUAAGAUGAACAAACGUCUGACCUUAUUGACCUUCAAUAAAGAACACAAUUCUAAAACUUUGAUAACAACACUUUUGAUAAUUGGAACUUUUACUGUGUGCUGGAUGCCAUUAUUCACGCUUCAAACUGUACUUCUUAUUAAAAUCCAUGUGGAUCCUCAAGCUUUGUUGAAGGACAUUACUUUGAUCAAAGCUUUGAUUUUAGCUAACAAGUACUUGUAUUCUCUACUAUUACUGAACUCAAUUUGUGAUCCAAUCAUCUAUGCAGUAAGAAUUAAAGAAGUUCAGUUAGGCUACAAAAAGUUCUGGAAAUCACUAUGUGGGGAAUACAAACUAUUACAAAAUAUAAGUGUAAGGAAGUCAUCCAAGAUAGUUUCAUUACUGGAAAGACGUAAAACGAGAGUUGUCUCUGAACAGGAAACAGGAGAAAGAACCAUUUGUUUGAUGAUGAGUGAAAAUGGCUGUGACAAAGAUAAAGACAAAUCCAAUAUUGAAUGUGACAACGAAUGAUAUGAUUGACAGAACAUAACUAAUAUUGAGAGAAGGAAAUGAUUAAAAACUUUAAUAUGUGUAUUGUGUAAGGGAAACAUAGAAAAACUUAUCAUGGAGCCAGUAGGAUACAAUUGUUUUAGUUUAUUCAUUUAACUGUACUUAGGCAUUUGACAUUGUAGUGAAGACAUUACCCAUUAGAUUUACAAACUGAAUUUCAACUUACAUAUAUUAAUUUAACAUUACAGAAUGCAUUUAUCAUUUUAUAAUUUUAAAAUAUUUGUUGUUACAUGUAUUUAUAUAUAAUUUAAUUUCAAAAUAUUUUGUGUGCACAA